AUGGAUGCCGCGCUCCUCCUGGCCCUCGGGCUGCUGGCCCAGAGCCUUGGCCUUUGUGUGGGGGUCCCCGGGCUGCACAGGCCUACCACCCUAUACCCCUGGCGCCGGGCGCCUGCACUGGGCCGUGUGCGCAGAGCCUGGGUCAUUCCCCCCAUCAGUGUGUCCGAGAACCACAAGCGCCUCCCCUACCCCCUGGUGCAGAUCAAGUCGGACAAGCAGCAGCUCGGCAGUGUCAUCUACAGCAUCCAGGGACCCGGCGUGGACGAGGAGCCACGGGGCGUCUUCUCCAUAGACAAGUUCACCGGGCGGGUGUUCCUUAAUGCCAUGCUGGACCGCGAGAAGACCGACCGCUUUAGGCUGCGGGCCUUUGCCCUGGACCUGGGAGGGUCCACCCUGGAGGACCCCACAGACCUGGAGAUCGUGGUUGUGGAUCAGAACGACAACCGGCCCACCUUCCAGCAAGAGGUGUUCACUGGCCGAGUGGUUGAGGGCGCUGUCCCAGGCACCUAUGUGACCAGGGCGGAGGCCACAGAUGCCGACGACCCAGAAACAGACAAUGCAGCGCUGCGGUACUCCAUCCUGGAGCAAGGCAGCCCCGAGCUCUUCAGCAUUGAUGAGCACACGGGGGAGAUCCGCACAGUGCAAGUGGGGCUGGACCGCGAGGUGGUCGCCGUGUACAAUCUGACCCUGCAGGUGGCCGACAUGUCUGGAGACGGCCUCACCGCCACGGCUUCCGCUGUCAUCUCUGUCGACGACAUCAAUGACAAUGCCCCUGAGUUCACCAGGGAUGAGUCCUUCAUGGAGGCCGCAGAGGCUGUCAGCGGAGUGGAUGUGGGGCGGCUGGAAGUGGAGGACAGGGACCUGCCAGGCUCCCCCAACUGGGCAGCCAAGUUCACCAUCCUGGAAGGUGACCCCGACGGGCAGUUCACUAUCCGCACAGACCCUAAGACCAACGCUGGUGUGCUCUCCGUGGUGAAGCCCCUGGACUAUGAGAGUCGCCAGCUUUACGAGCUCAAAGUGUCGGUGCAGAAUGAGGCCCCGCUGCAGGCAGCUGCCCCUCGGGCCCAGCAGGGCCAGGCCAGGGUCAUUGUGCGGGUGCAGGACACCAACGAGGCCCCCGUCUUCCAGGAGAACCCACUGCGGACCAGCCUGGCCGAGGGGACGCCCCCGGGAACCCCUGUGGCCACCUUCUCUGCCCGAGACCCCGACACACAGCAGCUGCAGAGGCUCAGUUACUCCAAGGACUAUGACCCCGAGGACUGGCUGCAGGUGGAUGGAGCUACCGGCCGGAUCCAGACCCAGCGUGUGCUCAGACCGGCCUCCCCCUUCCUCAAGGACGGCUGGUACAGGGCCAUCAUCCUGGCCUGCGAUGACGCCUCCCCGCCGCGCACAGCCACCGGCACCCUGUCCAUCGAGAUCCUAGAGGUCAAUGAUCACGCCCCUGUGCUGGCCCCACCGCCACUGCCCAGCAGCCUGUGCAGUGAGCCGCACCAGGGUCCUGGCCUCCUCCUGGGCGCCACGGACGAGGACCUGCCCCCCCAUGGGGCCCCCUUCCACUUCCAGCUGAGCCCCAGGUUCCCAGAGCUUGGCCAGAACUGGAGCCUCAGCCAGAUCAAUGGGACCCACGUGCACCUGCGGCCACGGCUUCGGCUCACCGAGGGCCCACAUGCCCUGCGCCUGCUGCUCCGGGACUCGGGGCGGCCGCCUCAGCAGCGCGAGCAGCUGCUGAACGUGACCGUGUGUCGCUGCGGCCCCGACGGCACCUGCCUGCCUGGGACUGCUGCACUGCGGGCCGGACACGCGGGUCUCAGCCUGGCUGCGCUGCUCACCGUGCUGGCCAGUGCCGCAGCGCUGCUGCUGCUGGUCCUGCUCAUGGUGCUCCGCACGCGGUGCCGGCAGCGGUCGCAGGACAAGGGGCUGAUGCACGGGCUGCAGGACGACCUUCGGGACAACAUCCUCAACUACGACGAGCAGGGGGGCGGGGAGGAGGACCAGGAUGCCUAUGACAUAAACCAGCUGCGCCACCCCACAAAGCUGACAGCUCCUCCAGGCCGGCCGCCGCUUCGGCGGGACACCCCGUAUGGGCGCCUGCCCCCCCAGCCUCCCCGUGUGCUGCCCACCAGCCCUGCUGACAUCUCGGACUUCAUCAGUGAUGGCUUGGAGGCUGCAGACAGCGACCCCAGUGUGCCACCCUAUGACACAGCUCUCAUCUAUGACUACGAAGGGGACGGCUCCGUGGCCGGGACACUGAGCUCCAUCCUGUCCAGCCUUGGUGACGAGGACCAGGACUAUGAUUACUUGCGGGACUGGGGUCCCCGCUUCGCCCGGCUGGCGGACAUGUACGGGCACCCGUGAGGGCCAGAGAGAGGGUCUGAACGUGCUGUCUGGAUAUGGCCACCCAGCCAGGGGGGGCGGCUUCCUCCUGGGGACAUCUCCACCCAGACACAGAGGGUGGAUAGCCUGAUAUGGGAUCUGCCUGGACAUGCCAGUCCCUGGCUGCGAGGGGAGAUGCUUUCAUGGAGGGCACCGGCCCCACCCCCACAGGCCUCAGAGUGUGGAGUGGGGUGACUAGAAGGAGGCACCCUCUUGCCAGGGUGGGGAGAGCUGCUCCCCGUGGCCACCACUGGGAGCCCCACACCCCCACACCCACCUUUGCCUCCCAUGAGUGGACCGCAUCUUUGUUAAGAAAGCAAGCAGCCUCUUGGGUAAAUCUCAAUUAAAAAUGUGCUCAUCUCUCCAACA